UAGCACGCGACCGGAGCGGUUGGAAAGUGUGUCAAAGUGCGCGUGUUGUUGUGAUUCUUGCGGUUUUUCCUGGCUGACGACGUCGUGAAGUAGCUAGCGAAGUCAGCGAAACGACAGCGAAAGUGUGUCGCUGCUCCGUUCUGUUUUCUCAAUCUGCGGUGCGGUGUGUUUUGUUAUUCUUAUUUUUGCUUCGCCGUUUUCCUUCGACUGGGACCAGCGUUUGUUUUCUCGCCCGCGUCCCAUGGGUGGAUGAGUCAAGUGCAAGAUCUGGCAAAAGUGGAUUUGGCGCGAGAAUUGAAUUCCGUGUGACCUCUGUGUUGUGGUGGCCUCGGAACACGUGGUGGCCCCCCUUAGAAGUGUUUGGUUUGUUAGCAAAAGACGGGGGAUUUUCGGGCGACGAUACGGUGAUUUGACAAAAAAGCCCAUCAUCCUGGCGGUAUUAUUGAAUUGGUACAGAAAGUGAAGAUAGUGUGUACUUGGUGUGUUCUUGGUAUCCGAAGCACUUUGGGGAUCCAACCGGAAGGAUAAUCAUUUCACCGAAAAGGAAGUUGAGCUUUGACCAUAGUGAAAAAAAGCGAAAAAAGUGUGCAACCUCUCUGAGAAGAAACCGACAGAAAACAUUGUUCAACAAAUUGCUUCAAAGCUUGGUUUUCGUUUAGUCAGGAGAGUUAAAACGAUUUCAUCGAUUCCAAGGAUUAGCGUGUGAAACACUUAAGCUCUGCUGUGUGUUCUUCGCUUCUCAAAAGAUAAUUCAAUUUAUCAGGAUUACGUUCACGAACCAGUUUAUUUAGUCGAGUAGAAAAUCGAAUGAAAAUGGCUUCACGAACGGGAAAUCUCGAAGCGGCGUUGGCGUUAUGCUACAUUGCUCUGGUGUGUCUCCUGCAGCCCACGAUAGCCCGAAGCUUCGAAAAGGAAUCCUACCGAAAGGGAAAAUCGACACAGAUCUCAGCCCCACAACCCACAAUAACAACCCCACUGGUAGAUCUUUGCUCAGAGGACAUUAACAUGAAGCUGGCCUGCCAUUGCUCGCCCGAAAGUCAUGCCAAGGCCCAGAAAGCAUCUUGCUCAAUUUUCGACGGUGAACUGCCCCGGAAAGACUCCAACUGGCUUGCAUUCCACACGCAAACCAGUUUGGAGCAUCUCAAGUUUACCGUUCGGAAGUCCGGAAACCUAACUUACAUCCCAUCGGAUGUCCUUAUUACCCUCAAGAAGCUACGAACCCUGACAAUCGAAUACGGAGUGAUCACCGACAUCUUCCCUUACGCAAUGGGAAAUCUAACCGAUCUACGAAUUGUCAACCUGCCCCACAACCAGAUCCGAGUUCUGCAUCCAAAUGCCUUUGCCAACCAUCCAUCGCUAGAGGAACUGAUCCUGGAAAACAACGAGAUCCGCAACAUCGAUCGCGAAGCUUUCGUCAAUCUUCCGUUCCUCAUCAAGCUCAACCUGGCCAACAACACCAUCGCAGAUUUACACGACAAUGGUUUCAUUGAGUUAUCCAAACUUGAAGAGCUCCGACUCGACUCGAACAUGAUCUCUGUUCUGGCCAAGGAAUACUUUAAGGGACUCGAAAACCUGAAGAUCCUGCGACUGUCGAACAACGCCGUCAACUACAUCGGAGCCACCGUAUUCGCCGAUCUGUGGGGAUUGCAGCUGCUGUUCUUGGACUAUAACAAGAUUGAGAAAUUGGACGAGCGUGCCUUCGAUGGGUUGAGCAACUUGCGGCAUUUGCAUCUGGAGCACAAUCGGCUCAUCACUCUGGAGAGUGGAACUUUCACUAGUGUUUCGGCUCUGUUGGUGCUCAAUCUCGAUGGCAACUGGCUGGAGACGCUUGGUUAUGGACAUAUUGUACCGCUGAUGGAUAACCUGGUCAACAACAGUGCUGUGCUAUCGAUUCGUGACAACCGAUUCGUUUGCGACUGUCGCCUAUCCUGGGUGUACGAGCUGAGCAACCGCACCCGCAACGAAGAUCUCCGGGAAAACUUGCACGCCAUCGAAUGCACUCUGGGCAAGAAAACACUUUACGGCACGGAUCCAAUGCAGCCACUGGACAACAACUUCCAGGACGUAUUCGAUGACGAGGGCGACUACAUCGACGAUGCUGCUCUGGAGAACGAAUCGACCGUAGAAGAGAAAACCGAAAUCGUCAACCUGUUCAAGUUGGGCAAGGAAAAUUUGCCCUGCCCGGAAGAAUUGGUGGGUCCUACCGAUGGCCCCAAUCCACGAGAAUCCAAGGGACUGCUGGAUCUUCCCUGGGGUGCGUCCGGAGUCAGCGUUCUUCGACCCACGGGAGCUUUAUUAGCCGUUUUGGCCAGUAGUAGUUUGAUUGUUUCCCUUGCUUCGACCACCGUAGAAUUAGCAAAGAUGUUCACUAGCGUUAGAUGGUAAAUGUUUGGCUUAACUUCUUUCUACCCGCCCCCGCUGUGUAUGUAUUAUAGCAUGUAAGAAGGAAAAAGACAAAGAUGAUGGACUCAAACCUUAUAGAAACUAACUGAAUCUCAAGCGACUUUACGGCGCCGUGAAGUGAAAUUGUGCUACCAAAUCUUAGGAGAAAAACAGAAACCAAGAACCUGUAAAUGGAGCCCAAAGUAGUCAUAAAAAUUGCUCUAGAAAAAAACAUUAUACAAAAACUGCGAGAGAUAAAUACCUUAAAAUGCUCCUCAACAAACUCAAAAAACCAACAGAACAAACGCGGUGUGCAAGACUAGUGUGCGUAUGUGUCCCCCAGUCGAUGAAAACCCCUGAUCUUUAUAUAGCUAAAUAAAAGUGAAACAAAACAAAAACAGAAAAAAAAACAAAUAAAAAAUCUACAAAAGAUGCUCUCUUUUUAACUGGUAAAAGUAAUAAUAAUACACCUAGAAUUUAAGCGCUGCUGUAAUUUACCGAUGCAGAGUAAGAGAAUUGCACACACAAAACUCUUCUACACAAUAAACAAGGAUGUAACGUGAUGAUGACUAAGUGAGAGACCUUGAGAACUAACUUAAGUGACACAAUUGCUGCUAACGAGGACGAAUUAAACGAUGAUAUUAAUGAUGCUGAUGAUGAUACUGAAGAAAAUGAAGAUACAGACGAUGCAGAUAGGGUAAGAGCAAGAGGCAUUUUAAGGCGAUGAGCGACGAUAGGGAAACAGAAUUUUUCUCUUCAUCCGUCAUUCGAAGGGCCCCCUGACAGGUACCGAUAGUGGCGCGAAAACACUAAGGGUGGCGAUCUCUAAAAACCAAGAAAACAAGAAACCAAAAAAAACAUAAUUAAACAAGAAUUUGAAAAUCUACUUUUUAGAAUUAUUUUUGAUAAAGCAAUAAAAAAAAUUGAUUUUCAAACCGAA